UCGUAUUGUUGAUAAUCAAUUUUGAUACAAGUUUCAAACCUUCUGUUUGUAUAUGCAUAACUUUAAUUACUUGAAGUGCAAUUAAAAUGCCUGCUUACCAUUCGGAGAUCAGUGAAUUUGGGCGCAAGGUGGGCAACAUGGCCAUAUUGCCACUGCGUACCAAAGUACGUGGGCCAGCGCCCAGCCUAACUGCUGAUAACGAGCUCGACAUCAUCGAUGAGUCACUUUAUUAUUUUAAAGCAAACAUUUUCUUUCGCUCAUACGAAGUUAAGUCGGAAGUCGAUCGUGUGCUUAUCUAUGUGACGCUCUACAUAAGUGAAUGCCUCAAGUGUAUCCAGACCUGUAGCUCCAAGGAACAGGCUCAACAAGAUCUAUAUACCCUGUCAAUUUCUAGGUUCGAUCUACCUGGCGAUGCGGGAUUUCCGCUUAACAUAAUGUAUGCCAAGCCGGAGAAUCCAGAUUUAAUGCGUGAAUAUAUGCUGCAGUUGCGCCAGGAGACGUCCGCUCGUCUGUUGAAGCUGGUCUAUGAUACACCCGAUGGCAAGCCCAACAAGUGGUGGACGUGCUUUGCUAAGCGAAAAUUCAUGGAAAAGAGCUUAUCCGGUCCGGGAAAAUAGUUCUAGUUCGAUUUUGAAAUUCAA